AUGCCCACUAACCAAAAAAUGAGAGAGCAAAGAAAACUUAUAAGUAAAGAUGAAGAUGACUUACCAAUUGUUGAUAAUACAUAUAAUUUGGAAGAUGAAGAAGUAGUAGAAACAGUAUUUAGAAAGCUUAUUCAAAAUGCUCAGAAAAUAGAUUUUAGUAAAAAUUCACAGAGAUAUAUUGGAAAUUCUGAUUAUACGAGACAAAGAAGAUUACAACAAAACCGUAUAAAUGCAGUAGGGAGUUAUAAAAUAACCCAGUUUUUUGGACAACUUGAAGAAAAAUCAUUAAAGUGGAAACAAAAACUUCAAGAAACUGAGAAAAGAAUACAAAGUUUAAUAGACACCACGGAAAUGUCAAAGGCAAAUAAGGUAAAAUAUGUUUCUGUAAUCUAUUAUAUUCGACUUCUUCAACAUGAAUCAUCUAAAAUAGAAGCAAGUCAAGUUGUGGCAACUAUUUAUAAUAGCGGUAAUCUCUUAUCUCUAUCUCAACAUGGAAAGCACCCAUCACAAUUACUUCUUCAUGAUGAAGAUGUCUCAUUAAAAAUAGCAAAUUACUUAAGAGCAACAAAAUUUAAAGUAAAUCUAAGACUUGUUAAACAAUACUUUGAAAAUAAUAUUUUAUCUAAACUUUAUAUUAAUCAAGCGCAAACUAUUUUUUUGACUAUGGCAUAG